AUGAUCAUCAGCAAGGAGAACCGCAAGAACAUCUACGCCUCGCUCUUCAAGGAGGGUGUUAUGGUCGCCCCCAAAAACUUCCACGUUCAGCACCCUGAGCUCGAGAUCCCCAACCUUGAGGUUGUCAAGGCUCUCCAGUCGCUCACCUCGCGUGGUUAUGUCCACACCCAGUUCUCGUGGCAGUGGUACUUCUACACUCUCACCGACGAGGGUGUUGAGUACCUCCGCGAGUACCUCCACCUCCCUGCCGAGAUUGUGCCCGCUACCCACAAGCGCCCUGCUCGCCCUGCUCGUGCCCCCGUUGAUGGCCGUGAGGGUGCUUACCGCGCUCCCCGUGGUGACCGUGAGGGCGGUGACCGCGAGUACCGCCGCCGUGACGGUGGUGCCCCCGCUGGUGACAAGAAGGAUGGUGCUCCCUCGGGCGAGUACCGUCCUCGUUUCGCCGGUGUCGGUCGUGGUGCUCCCCGCCAGUAA